ACAUCAUCACCGUCGUCUCUACAAUCCGCUGUCAUGCAGAACAAUCGAAAAGAACAUCUGUACAAGAUCCUGGUUAUCGGCGACUUAGGUGUGGGGAAAACUAGCAUCAUUAAGCGAUAUGUUCACCAGAGUUUCUCGACGAAUUACAGAGCGACCAUCGGAGUCGACUUCGCCUUGAAAGUUUUGAACUGGGACUCAGAGACAGUUCGUCUGCAGUUAUGGGACAUAGCAGGCCAGGAACGCUUUGGGAACAUGACCAGGGUCUACUACAGGGAGGCAAUGGGAGCCUUCAUUGUGUUCGACAUCACACGACCGACGACGUUCGAAGCAGUGAAAAAGUGGAAGGAGGACUUGGACUCAAAAUUGACUCUAUCAAACGGCAAGAACAUCGCCACUGUCCUCCUGGCCAACAAGUGUGACCAGGGCAAAGACGUGCUGAUGAAUAAUGGCAUCAAGAUGGACCAGUUCUGCAAAGACAAUGGCUUUGUGGGCUGGUUCGAGACAUCAGCUAAGGAGAAUAUCAACAUUGAUAAAGCAGCCAAUUGUCUGGUGAAGUACAUCAUUGCUAAUGAGAAUGACAUCCUGAAGUCAGUGGUACCCGACACCAUUUCGCCCCAGCUCAACUCGAGAAGGGACGGCACGUGCUCCGCCUGCUUUACGUCGUAGGACUGACUGCACAUGGGGGCCGCUGUGACAGUGAGGGAGAAGGUGGUCAGGGGUGCAACACAUACUCUCAGAAAUAACGCUACCAAAACUGCCGAAAAAAAGCAACGCUUGUCGCUGGGGCUGUACCCUAUACCCUAUAUAAAAUUGUACUCCUAGCCAGCAAAGUAUAAUUCAUUUCUAACUUUUUUUUUUUACUUGGAAGAAGGACUCAUUAGUACCCAAAGGGAACAUUACUGUACUUUCAGGGUUCAUUUGGGGAAAUUCGAACAAAAAUAUACCUCCUCUGAAACUUUAUUUCUGAGAGUGCGCACUGGGUCCCACCGUCUCUCACAGUUUUAAUACUUGUUGUUUUUUUUUACAUAUAAACACAUGCAGGUCGUAGACAGAUUGUGUCGCGCUGUUUAACUGCAAAUCCCUGUGCAAUAUUUUCAUAUUUAAGAACAGUGUUCCUGUCGACUUAUUGCACUUUCAUUCUAGGAUGAUUUGUAACAUUAUGAGCUACAGAAGCUCUCUGCACUCAUAACUUUUGGCUGCCAAAAGUCACUGGGGAUGAAACCAGUCUGUCUUCACUAACAGCCUGCAUUAUUUAAUAUUUAUUUAUGUAUUUAUUUUUUUGGUUCUUGGUGACAGCCCAGGUCCCAUGUGUUCUCCGUGGCUGAUACUGCUGUGCAUAAAGUCUGAUAGGGGCGUUUGGAAGUUCUCCUGCACUGGUGAAACGGACACAGACACACACAACCAUACAUACAGUGGGAUCCAGAAUCACUGGGACCCUUGAUAAAUAUACACAAAUAUGCACAAAUAUGCUGCAAACUAAAAAAAAUAAUAGUUAUUGACAUAAGAUUUAUUUUCCAACAUGCUUAAAUGUAGUUCACUUUAUCAAUGAUUCGAUUAACUGAACGUUUAACAUUUUCCAAAUAAAAAAUGUAUUUCCCCAAAAACAUCAAUGCCAUAUUUGUAGGUAUCACAUGCUUCCACUUGUAUGCAUUCCAUUUUGGCCCCCAAACAUGUCCAUGGUGUGUGUGGCCAAAACGUUCAACUUUAGUCUCAUCUGACGAAAGCUCUUCCAGUCGAAUUCCAAUGCUGAAGAUUGGUUUUGUUUAUUGUGCUAAGUAAGGGCUUGCUUCAGGCCACCGUUCCUUUAGACUGAGAUUAACUAAAUUGAAGUAAAAUUGUAUUGCCAAUUUCACAUUGUUUGAUUUUAUUUACAAUAAUUGUUAGGGGUGCCAAUAAUUUUGUCACCUGUGGCUUUCAGAAAAAAUUAGAUUGCUAAAUAAAAAACAU